AUGCCCGUGCCGCCCUCUGACCACCUGGAAUGGAAUGAUUCUAUGCACGCCCUGCGGAUAAGUGUUGGGGGGCUGCCCGUGCUGGCGUCCAUGACCAAGGCUGCGGACCCCCGCUUCCGACCUCGCUGGAAGGUCAUUGUGGUCUUCUUCCUGGGGGCCGCUCUGCUCUGGCUGGUCUAUGCCCACCACUCACCUGCCCACCGCACGCCCUCUGCCCGGCCACCCGCACCCAACGCUCACAACAGGAGGGUGGACCCGGGAGCCACCAGCCGCUACAAUGACACCUACCCACUGUCCCCACCCCAGAAGACCCCUGGGGGGACCCGCUUCCGCCUCGCUGUCAUUGCCGACCUGGACACCGAGUCCCGGGCCCAGAAGGAACACACCUGGUUCAGUUACCUGAAAAAGGGCUACCUGACCCUGUCGGAUAGCGGGGACCGGGUCACUGUGGAGUGGGACCCUGACCACCAGGUCCUGGAGUCCCACCUGGCAGAGAACGGGCGGGGCAUGGAGCUGUCAGAGUUGAUUGUCUUCAACGGGAAGCUGUACUCCGUGGACGACCGCACAGGCGUGGUCUACCACAUCGAUGGCGCCAGGGUCGUGCCCUGGGUCAUCCUGGCUGAUGGGGACGGCACCGUGGGCAAAGGCUUCAAAGCUGAGUGGCUGGCCGUGAAGGACGAGCGUCUGUACGUGGGCGGCCUGGGCAAGGAGUGGACCACCACCACAGGCGAGGUGGUGAAUGAGAACCCCGAGUGGGUGAAGGUGGUGGGCCACAAGGGCAGCGUGGACCACGAGAACUGGGUAGCGAGCUACCACGCCCUGAGGGCCGCUGCUGGCAUCCAGCCACCAGGCUACCUCAUCCACGAGUCGGCCUGCUGGAGCGACACGCUGCACCGCUGGUUCUUCCUGCCACGCCGGGCCAGCCAGGAGCGCUACAGCGAGAAGGAGGACGAGCGCCGGGGCACCAACCUGCUGCUGAGCGCCUCGCCCGACUUCCAGGACGUGUCCGCGCGCCGCGUCGGCGAGCCGGUCCCCACGCACGGCUUCUCCUCCUUCAAGUUCGUGCCCAACACCGACGACCAGAUCAUCGUGGCCCUCAAGUCCGAGGAGGACAGCGGCAAGGUGGCCACCUACAUCAUGGCCUUCACGCUGGACGGCCGCUUCCUCCUGCCCGAGACGCGCAUCGGCAGCGUCAAGUACGAGGGGGUGGAGUUCAUCUGA